GUGUUCGUUUGCUGUAUGUGAGGGUUCUGGACCUUCUAUUAGGGGGGGGGAUUUCUUGAGAAGUUAAGAAGGACUUCUUGAAGAGGAAAACGAAGAAGAAGAAGAAGAAGAAGAAGAAGAAGAAGAAGAAGAAGAAGAAGAAGAAGAAGAAGAAGAAGAAGAAGAAGAAGAAGAAGAAGAAGAAGAAGAAGAAGCAGAAGGAGACUCCGGGAUCUCCGGGGCAAUCUAUGUGUACUGACGUACGGCACAGGUGUGCGUCCUCCUGGUCCAAACACUUCCCCGACGUCCUCGUGCACCGGACCUCCGGCAUGGAGAAAUCAAAGAACUUCCGAAUCGACGCAUUGCUUGCAGACGAAACCCACCGGAACCACCGGAACGCGCACCGGGACCUGCACCGAGACCUGCACCGGGACCUGCACCAGGACCCGCACCGGGAACCGCAUCGGGACUCGCACCGGGACAACCUGUCCCCUCCGGUCAGCGACAACAGCCCCUCCAGCAGCCCCGUGUCGUGUCGGCGCGGGGACACCCCGUCUCCCCGCGGGACGCACGCGCAGGCGCAACUCCAGACCGGCUUAUUCCCCAAACAGGGUCUGCUUAACAUGCCACAUCACCCGGGCCUCGCGUCGCUCCACCACAGCGGGAUCGCCAGCAUGUACACGAGCCCCAUGUACCCGCUGUCCGCCCUGGCCGCGCAGCACCCGGCCUUCGCCUACACCGGCUUCUCCCAGCUCAGCCAGCCGUACCCCGAGCACCUGAAGGCGGCCGCCAUGGCUGGGUCCCUACCGCUGGAGCACUGGAUCCGGGCGGGCAUCAUGAUGCCGCGGCUCCAGGACUACAGCUCCCCCCAGGCCGGCCUGCUGGGGAAAUGCCGCCGGCCACGGACCGCCUUCACCAGCCAGCAGCUGUUGGAGCUGGAGAACCAGUUCAAGCUGAACAAGUACCUGUCCAGGCCCAAGCGCUUCGAGGUGGCCACCUCCCUCAUGCUCACUGAGACGCAGGUGAAGAUCUGGUUCCAGAACCGGCGGAUGAAGUGGAAGCGCAGCCGUAAGGCCAAGGAGCAGGCGGCGGCCUCGGGCCAGCCCGAGUCGGAGCGCCUUCGGGGGGGGAAGCAGGGCGCGGUCGACAAGUCGGAGCCCGGCUCCCGGCCCGCCACCUCCGACGACCGGGACGACGACCUGGAGCUGGAGGAGGGCGAGGAGGACGAGGACGAGGACGACAUGGACGACAUGGACGACAUGGAGGACAGCCAGUGCAACGCUUUCCCCGUUGGCAUGGGCGACGCGGGCGCGGGGCUGCCCCGCCCCGUCGCCACAGACUUCCUCCCUUACAACCCGCACAGCCCCUUCUCCGAGGACGGGCUGGACGGCGUUCCCGUCGGGGGGGACCGGAAGAUCAAAGCAGGACUCUGA